AUGUAUCUAUCACCUAUCUAUCUUUUUCUAUCACCACAACUAUUCUAUUCAUAUCUAUCUAUCUAUCUAUCUAUCUAUCUAUCUAUAUCUAUCUAUCUAUCUACUAAUAUGAAUUUCUUUUCAUCUAUCUCAUAUCUAUGUUCUUUAUCUAUCUACCACAAUCUAUAUCAUAUUCAUCUAUCUAUUCAUAUCUAUCUAUCCAUCUAUCUAUCUAUCUAUCUAUCUAUCUAUCUAUCUAUUAAUAAUGAAUUGUUCUGUCUUUUCAUAUCUAUCUACAUAUCUAUCUUUCUUUCUAUUCUAUCUAUCUAUCCACAUUCUAUCUCUAUCAUCUAUUUCACUAAUAUGAAUUGUUCUGGUAUCUAUCUAUCUAUCAUCUGUUUCAUAUCAUCUAUCUAUCUUUCUAUCUAUCAAUCUAUUAUCUAUCUAUCUAUUCAUCUAUCUACUAAUAUGAAUUGUUCUAGUAAUUUAUUUUCUAUCUAUCUCAGUCUUUUCAUAUCUAUCUACAUAUCUAUCUUUCUUUCUAUCUACCACAAGCUAUUCAUAUCUAUCUAUCUAUCUAUCUAUCUAUCUAUCUAUCUAUCUACUAAUAUGAAUUUCUUUUCAUAUCUAUCUACAUAUCUAUCUUUCUUUCUAUCUACCACAAUCUAUUCAUAUCUAUCUAUCUAUCUAUCUAUCUAUCUAUCUAUCUAUCUAUCUAUCUAUCUAUCUACUAAUAUGAAUUGUUCUGGUAAUUUAUCUGUCUGUCUAUCUCAGUCUGUUUAUAUGUAUCUAUCUACCUAUCUUUCUUUCUAUCUACCACAAUCUAUUCAUAUCUAUCUAUCUAUCUAUCUAUCUAUCUACUAA